AAAUAUGACGUGCGACAACUUUUGAGUUAUGAAGUUCACGUGUUUAACCAAAAAAAUAAACAAAUUUGUUGGAGUUCUCUGAACUGUCCUUACAAUUUUGUGCAAUGGAAAAUAAAAGUGAAGAUGUCGAUCCUACCGAAGCAGUAGAAAACGCGUGGAAGUUAAAAGUUCCCGAGUUUAAACCCGAACACAACCCACACGGACUACUUGAAGAAAGUAGUUUUGCGACUUUAUUUCCGCAAUACCGCGAACAAUACCUUCGUCAAGUAUGGCCACUCGUACAGAAAACUCUUCAAGAACAUCAUAUCGUUGCGGAAUUGGAUGUGGUCGAAGGUAGCAUGACCGUUAGAACGACCCGCAAAACAUGGGAUCCUUAUAUUAUCAUUAAAGCAAGAGAUAUCAUCAAAUUGCUGUCUCGAAGUGUGCCAUUUGAGCAAGCCAAACGCGUUUUAGAGGAUGACACAAGUUGUGAUAUUAUCAAAAUUGGUACAAUCACAAGAAACAAAGAGAAAUUUGUUAAAAGAAGACAACGUUUAAUUGGCCCCAAUGGUUGCACAUUAAAAUCUAUAGAAUUGUUAACAAAUUGCUAUGUGCUGGUACAAGGCCAAACUGUCUCAGCACUGGGCCCAUACAAAGGUCUACAACAGGUCAGGAAAAUUGUGGAGGAGACUAUGAAAAAUGUGCAUCCUAUUUAUAAUAUAAAGGCUUUGAUGAUUAAAAGAGAAUUAGCCAAAGAUCCCAAACUAAAGAAUGAAAAUUGGGAGAGAUUUCUGCCUAAAUUUGUUAACAAAAAUAUUAGUAAAAGGAAACAACCUAAGAAUAAAAAGGAGAAGAAGGUUUACACACCAUUCCCACCAGCACAAACUGAAAGCAAGAUUGAUCAACAACUGGCCAGUGGAGAGUACUUCCUUUCAAAGGAGCAAAAACAAAGUCAGAAACGCAAAGAACGCGAUGACAAACAACAGGAGGCUGCUAAACGCAGGGACGCGAAAAGAGCAGAGGCAUUUGUUGCACCAGUUGAAGAAUUACCUCAAAAGAAAGCUAAAGUAUCUAAAAAUACUGAUGUGGAUAUUGAAGCUCUGAAAACUAAGGUGAAAAAAGCUCAGAAGAAGAAAUCAAAGACGAGUGGAUAAUAAUAUACCUAUUAAUAAUUUCGCAUGUUAAGAAUUAUUGAAUAAAUACAUUUCUCGAGUA